AUGAGCCAAGACGUAGUAUGGAGUUCACGAAACAGCACGGUAGUGCGAGAUAGCGCUGAAAAAAAGUGCAGCAUAGCUGUUGACAUCGGAGGAUCGCUGGCCAAACUGGUGUUCUUCGCAACGGACUCACAGAAACUGGUUUUCGAAACUGUGGAAACUGAGAAAAUAACACUUUUCAUGCGAAUGAUUCACGAUAUUAUCGACCAGUAUUACCACGGAGACCAGAGCGUGGUGAGAAUAGUGGCCACUGGUGGUGGAGCUUACAAAUUUCACGAUCUGCUGUGUCGAGAAUUUCCAAACGUGCUCGAAAUAGCACGGUUGGAUGAGAUGGAGUGCCUCAUAAAGGGCCUAGACUACUUCAUCCACCAAGUACCCGAAGAGGUUUUCACGUACAACGAUCUCGAGGGCGAGCACAAGGUGGUUCCGGAACACGCCAAGGUGUAUCCCUAUAUGCUCGUCAACAUCGGUUCUGGCGUCUCGAUCCUCAAAGUGGACUCUCCAGCAAAAUUCACCCGCGUUGGAGGCUCUUCUCUUGGCGGAGGCACCCUGUGGGGACUGCUGUCGCUCAUCACGGGGGCCAAAACUUACGACGAAAUGUUGAGUUGGGCUCACGGCGGCGACAAUACGCAUGUGGAUAUGCUUGUGGGCGAUAUAUAUGGCUCCAACUAUGGCAAGGUCGGUCUUAAGUCAACUCAUAUCGCCAGCUCUUUCGGCAAAGUCUUUCAACGGACAGCGCCAACACACAAGGACUCUGCGACGCAAUCCCAGACCACUGCAACCAGCACCGAUGACAUACAACUGCGUAAUCGUAAGUUCAACAAUUCAGAUAUUUCCAAGAGCCUACUGUAUGCAAUCUCCAACAACAUCGGUCAGAUUGCAUACCUUCAAGCCAAGAUCCAUAAUAUUCCUAAUAUCUACUUUGGUGGGUCUUACAUUCGAGGCCAUUUAAUGACGAUGAACACUCUCAGUUACGCCAUCAAAUUCUGGUCAAACGGCGAGAAAAAGGCGUUUUUUUUAAAGCAUGAGGGAUACCUAGGCGCUAUGGGUGCCUUUUUAACCUUCCAGAACGAGAAUAACGAUCUCGGUGAUGAGAGACGAAGUUGA